CUGCGGGCGGAGCGGUUCCGGGUCGGCGGCGGGAGCCAAGAUGGAGCCCGCGGGGCCGCGCUGAGGGAGCGGCGGGGCCGCGCUGAGGGGAGCCUGAGGCGAGCCGAGCCGAGCCGAGCCGAGCCGGCGCCAUGUCGCUGGGCGAGUACGAGCGGCACUGCGACUCCAUCAGCUCCGACUUCGGCAGCGAGUCCUCGGGCCGGGCCGGCUCCCGCGGCGGCGGCGGCGUGCCGGGCGAGCAGGAGGAGCUGCACUACAUCCCCAUCCGCAUCCUGGGCCGCGGCGCCUUCGGCGAGGCCACCCUGUACCGCCGCACCGAGUCGCAGAGGACGUGGGGGCACCUCAUCCAGGAUGACUCACUUGUAGUGUGGAAGGAGGUGGACCUGACCCGUCUGUCAGAAAAGGAGCGUCGUGAUGCUUUGAAUGAAAUCGUUAUCCUUGCUCUGUUGCAGCAUGAGAACAUCAUUGCGUACUACAAUCACUUCAUGGAUAACACCACGUUGCUGAUUGAGCUGGAGUACUGUAAUGGAGGGAACCUCUACGAUAAGAUCCUGCGGCAGAAGGACAAGUUGUUUGAAGAAGAGAUGGUGCUUUGGUAUCUCUUUCAAAUUGCCUCGGCUGUGAGCUGCAUUCACCGAGCAGGAAUUCUUCAUAGAGAUAUAAAGACAUUAAAUAUCUUUCUAACCAAGGCAAACCUGAUUAAACUGGGAGACUAUGGGUUGGCAAAGAAGCUGAACUCUGAGUACUCCAUGGCUGAGACCCUGGUGGGAACUCCUUACUACAUGUCCCCAGAACUCUGCCAGGGUGUGAAAUACAACUUCAAAUCAGAUAUCUGGGCUGUGGGCUGUGUCAUCUUUGAGCUUCUUACUUUGAAGAGGACCUUUGAUGCUACUAAUCCCCUGAACCUUUGCGUGAAGAUUGUACAGGGGAAUCGCGCCAUGGAGGUUGAUUCCACUGUCUACUCUCGGGAGCUAAUCCAGAUGGUGCAUUCCUGCCUCGAUCAGGAUCCAGAGAAAAGACCUACUGCAGAUGAACUGCUGGAACAGCCCAUCCUCAGCAAACGGAGGAGGGAGAUGGAAGAGAAAGUCACACUGCUUAAUGGGCCAAAUAAGCGACCGAGGUCGAGCACCAUGAACGAGGCUCCCAUCGCAGUGGUGACUUCGCGCACUAGUGAGGUGUAUGUCUGGGGGGGCGGGAAGUCCACCCCCCAGAAGCUGGAUGCCAUCAAAAGUGGCUGCAGUGCACGCCAGGUGUGUGCUGGUAACACUCAUUUUGCUGUGGUGACGGUGGAGAAGGAGCUCUACACCUGGGUGAAUAUGCAGGGGGGCACCAAGCUGCACGGGCAGCUGGGCCAUGGAGACAGAGCAUCCUACCGGCAGCCAAAGCACGUGGAGAAGCUUCAAGGAAAAGCCAUCCGCCAGGUGUCCUGCGGAGAUGAUUUCACAGUGUGCAUCACAGAUGAGGGCCAGGUGUAUGCCUUUGGCUCAGACUAUUACGGUUGCAUUGGCAUUGACAAGGCUCACGGCUCUGAAGUACUCGAGCCCCUGCAGCUGGACUUCUUCCUUACCAACCCCGUGGAGCAGGUCUCGUGUGGAGAUAACCACGUGGCGGUGCUGACCAGGAACAGAGAGGUUUACACGUGGGGCUGCGGGGAGUACGGGCGCUUGGGCUUGGAUUCAGAAGAAGAUCACUACACACCUCAGAAGGUGGAUGUUCCAAAGACUUUGACCAUUGUGUCUGUUCACUGUGGCUGCGAUGGGACCUUCCUGCUCACCCAGACAGGCAAAGUGUUGGCGUGCGGACUCAACGAGUUCAACAAGCUGGGCCUGAAUCAGUGUACAUCGGGGAUAAUUAACCAUGAUACGUACUGUGAGGUGCCCUAUGCUACUUCGCUUACCCUGGCCAAGCAGCUCUCCUUCUACAAGAUCCGAACCAUUUCUCCAGGCAAGACGCACACAGCAUCCAUUGAUGAGCGAGGCCGCCUGCUGACCUUCGGCUCCAACAAGUGCGGACAGCUUGGUGUUGGGGACUAUAAGAAGCACCUGGGAAUUAACCUGCUGGCGGGCCCCCUGGGGGGCAAGCAGGUGAUCAGGGUUUCAUGCGGCGAUGAAUUCACCAUAGCUGCUACCGACGACAACCAUAUCUUCGCCUGGGGUAACGGCGGGAAUGGGCGUCUGGCGAUGACACCGACGGAGAGAGCGCAUGGCUCGGAUAUCUGCACCUCGUGGCCUCGGCCAAUAUUUGGAUCUUUGCAUCACGUUCCAGACCUGUCAUGCCGCGGCUGGCAUACCAUCAUCGUGGUUGAAAAGGUGCUGAACUCUAAAACCAUCCGCUCCAACAGCAGCGGCCUGUCCAUCGGUACUGUGACUCAGAGCUGCACAACUGGAGGAGGAGAGGAAGAGGAAAACGAACGUGAAGCUGAGACCCCUGAUCCCAGCGGAGGCUUUCGGGGAACCAUGGAAGCAGACCGGGGGCUGGGGGGCUGGAUCAGCACCACAGAAGCCAAGGGAGGCAACAGUGGUGACAGCAGCUCCUGCCCUGGCUGGCUGAGGAAGGAGCUGGAGAAUGCGGAGUUCAUCCCAAUGCCUGACAGCCCUUUUCCCAUGAGCAUGGCAUCUUCAGAGCCUGAGAAGGAGACUCUCCCUUACCAGGAACUUCAAGGACUCAAAGUGGCCCCUGAGGAACCUGCUGGGUUCAACAAGCCAAAAACAGAGCACUGGCCUCCUUGCCUGAGCCCAGCCGUGCCGUGCAGUGAAGGAAAGGCUGUGCCCCCCGCCGCGGGCUGCAUGUGCAGCGCUCUGCAAGCAGAGGUGGCACACCUCCGGGGCCUGGUCUUACAGUGCCUGGAUGACCAGAAGAAGCUGCAGCAGGAAACCCUUCGUCUGAGUGCCCAGCUCCAGAGGUUCUGCAGGGGGACGGAGGGAAUGCAGCAGGUGGAGGUUCAUUCCAAAGGAACCCAGACAGCCAAAGAGGAGCCGGAAGUGGAUCCGAAACCUGACCUGGAUUCAGAUUCCUGGUGUCUCCUGGGAACGGACUCGUGCCGCUCCAGCCUCUAGUCUCCUGAGCCCACUGGGAUCCAUCUAACUUCACAGCACACUAACCGAAUGCAGAGAGCGGCUUUCCUGGCUUCAGGUCACUCGCAGACAAGGAGCGAGGCCGGAGGCUCCAGAGCAGCACCCACGGACGUUUGAUAUGAACUAGGAGUGAGUUUGAGAGGGGAAGGGCCCCUGAGCUCUAGGCCAGCUCGGUGAUUGAAGCGGCAGCAGCUCCUCUUGUACCUUACCUGUUAACUCUGCACGUGAGGCAGAACGGCCCCGUUACGGCUCCGGUAGCAGCUUGUGGCCCUUUUCAUUGUUUCACCGCUUCCUGGGAGCUGCCUUUGGGACCCCAGUGCUCAUCACUGCACCUCUAGGUGAGAGGAGGAGGCGCGUUUCGGACUGAAGCUGGCUGAACCCUAACGCUCGCCACCUUUAGGGCGCGAGGGGCUAGGAUCCUCUCCCUGCCAGGCAGUAGGGCGAGGCGGCUCCCCUCUGCUCCGGCACAGAGGGAGCAGAGAACAUCUCGUUGUGGAGGCAGUGGGGAUCUUGCUGCGAGGGAGAUAACAGCAGACAGCGUGUCCCGGGCGUCGAGGCGCAGCUUCUGGCCACGUGGCUGCGUCCGGCGGCCUGCACAGACGGAGUUUAAGGGCCUUAUUCUGGGUGCCUAGAGCUUUCCAACUUCCAGGCAGCGAUGAGCGAGUUGGGUGCGAUUUCCCAGAGCUGCAGCAGGGACUGAGGAGACGGGAUCGCUGGUGCUCGGCUCCAGACCACCUGCUUCCCGACCAGAUGACGAGCGUCUGGUCCUCAGACUAAGCGACACGUUUCUUGCUCCAGCUGUCAGCUUGGUUUGGGUGCCAGAGCUGCUGGGUUCUUGGCGUAAGCCUGUAGCUGCUCCCUGCUUGGCUUCUGUUCCGCUCAGCCCCCGAUGUGGGUGUGGGAAGAAUCGGUAUUUUUCCGCUCGAUGUUUUGAUGAAGCUGGAAUGCGUUUUCCUACCCAGAAUAGGUCAUUAAUGCCGUGGUCACAGGAUGCAGCCUUCCUCCAUGACCAUGAAUGAUCAUGUCCCUGUCUGGAAUUCACCUUCUUUCUAGAAGCGAGAGGCUUUCCCAAGGCAAUUGGCGAUGGGAAGAGGCACGGGCUGAUGCUCAGGAUUUCCUCAUUUCCCAUUAGAGAAUGAGGUAAAUUUUUAUUUCCCAUAAAUUUUUUAGCAAGCUGAUUUUGAGCUAAGCUCUUGGGGUCAGUAGGCUGCCUGGGAGCAGCUGGCCUCCCCCCGCCUUACGCGAAGCCUCUAAGGAAUCCUGAGUCCCUCUCACCUUUGCAGUGAGAGCGGGGUUAUGAUUUCGUUAGACUUGCACCGUCCCCAUCGCUGGCACGUCGCUAGAAUUGCCUUAGGUCAGUUGGAGUUGGUUAUCCCGUCACCUCUCCUAGACGUCCUCCUUCCAGAGACUGUCCUCUGGGAGCCAGCGUGCCCCCUCUCUCUCUAGAGGUGGAUGCCGAAGCGUUCUGCUUGUAACCUACGCUCCUUAAAUACCUCCCCGGUGCCUCUUGCUAGAAUCUCGGAGCUCAACCAAGCGCGGUCUCUACGGUGCAGCGUCCGGGGCACGGGCAGUAGUGGUAUGCCCCUCCAGCGGGGUGGCAGCGGCAGGAAAGCCCUGCUGGGAGGUGGUGAGGUGCCUGCCGUGGCCGCGGUGCUUGGUUGCCCUUGGGACUCUGCCCUCUUCCCUCCUCGCGUGCGCCGGAGCCGGUUCUCAGGUGAGGGGCCCAGCUUGAGGGCGGCUGUCGCGUGUGGAAGCGCCGGGGUUGGGCACGCUGCGGCCGUGCCUUGGAGGAAGCCGAGGCUGAGCCGUGUCCAACAAGCAGAUGGGAGUCGCUCUCCUGCCGUGCACUGCUAUCCUCAUUUCUCAAUGCUCUGCAGGUGGGAAGCUAGGUGCACAGACUGGAUUCCCCUUGGAUCUGGUGGAGGAGCAGGGCCCCCGACAGAGGCUGCCCUGGCCUCCGCAAUCUCAUAUGUGCCUUAGAGGGUUCACGCUAUCCAGGUCGUGCCUGUUACAGACCACAGAUUUCACACCAGCCAGCUACGCAACCAAAAAAAAAAGCAGUUUAAAGCCAGCACCUUUGUCUUGGGCUGAAUAUGGAAGGGCAAGUGGGCAGAAGUGCCUUUGAGCAGUUUCCAACCCCUUUGACUUCUCCCCUUCUUGCAGUGCUAGCUCCGUACGUGUCGGUCUCCUGCUAGUAUUGCUGCCGAGUUGUUAUAGUGGAACACAACUUAUGCCUGCUCUGACACUCUGGCUGAAAACUAGUUUGUCGUUGUCUUUUUUUGAAAGGUUAAAGGGUGGAGUGGUUUGGAGUUUCUGUUUAAAUAAAUGUUUAAACUCAU